AUGUUUUAUCUUAAGGAAGACUGUGAUGAAGGCGAUGAUGCCGAAACUGCCCCUUAUUCGUUAGGUAGUAUCGAGAUCAUCAGUAUGGAUAAUAAUUACGAAAAUAUGCUCAAAGAAAUGGAAUUAGAGAUCGACAAACUUCAAGCUCAUUUUAAAAGCGAGGAGAAACGGAUCCUCACCGAAAUCACCAAUCUGAGAGACCCUCAGAGUAAACCUACGCAUUUGACUCUUACAACGGCUAAAGCUUCGCAAACUGCUCCUACAGAAAAGAAGGAUGACAUACUCGUUGAUGAUAUCGACAAGCAGCUUGGUGGCUUCUACGGUAGCACGGAACUUCGAGAUGCACUUAAAGAAGCACAGAAACGUAUGGAUGCAGUCGUGGCUGUAUUAAACCGGGUAAAAGAGUACGUACGGUCGCCGUUCGUUCGUCUAGAGAUCGCACAUCUUCUUCUAAACAUCGAAACCUUACGAAAAGUGUUUUUACGCAUGCUUGAUCGCAUGGAAAUCCCAGACAGCGACGACUUCUUCGCCGAUUCGAUAAGCGAAUCAGCUACGGCAAUAUCGAUGAAAGGCAGCGAUGAAAAGACCUACCAGAAAUGGAAGGAUACCCGAGAAAAAACGUUCUUUGAGAGCAAGGAUGGAGCGGCUGGAGACGUACGGUGGACAGACGAAAUCCGACACCAGUCCGAUGUGUGCCAAUACACGACUUGA